AUGGGAAGCGGAGAGAAAAACCGCCGCCGCUUAACUGAUCCGGGCAUAUGCUUAUCCGCAUGCAAAUUUCACGAAUUUCUCGAACGCGCCAUUAUUACUCCUUUAUUUUUAUUGUCAUUAAAAUUAUUAUUAUUGCUAUUAUUAUUAUUAUUAUUAUUAUUAUUAUUAUUAUUAUUAUUAUUAUUAUUAUUAUUAUUAUUAUUAUUAUUAUUAUUAUUAUUAUUAUUAUUAUUAUUAUUAUAUUAA